AUGGAAUUAAUGUUGGAAGUUCAGGUGACUUUUCAGAUUGCUUCAGAUCUGUUGAAACAUGCUAAUCUAGCAGAUGGUGUCAUAAAUCCUGAGGAUGUUGAGGCAAAAACAGUGGUUGCUUUAUCACCAAAAAGCAUAAAGAAAUAUGAAUUCCAAGAAUUUGAUAAAAUUAUUGUGAAGAGGUUUUAUAUAGGACCAUGGUCAUUAAAUGAGUCGCUAAUUUGUAAAAAAUAUGUCUUCUCGAGAGUUCCGGUAAAUAUAAUGUUGGAACUUUACAGCAAGACAGGUGGUGUGCCAAGAUAUGUCCUUCAAAAGAUUGAAGAGGCAAUGAAAUAUUAUGACCCAAAGAUACCUAAAGUAAUGGAUGAGAUUUUAAGCAACUGCCUAAUUCACCAAUGGCCAAACCUUACUUAUGAUGAUUAUUAUCUUGGAUGGGCCUCUAAUUUUAUAUUUGAUGAAAUCCAAAAAAAAAACGCUUCUGGAAAAAUCCGAGAUCAUAAAAAAUAUCCUAGUGCCAGGGGAAUAAUGUUUGAACUGCAUGAUGAUGAAGAUGAUGCAGACAAGGAUGGUGUAGACAAGCAUACUGCUAUCAUCAGAAAAUAUACAAUAAAGCACCAACCAAGAGUUGAAUACAUCCUAACUCCAGAAGAACUUUCAGAACAUAAUGAAGGAAACAGGGUUAUCCUACCAUCAAAAUCAAAUUUUGGUGCAGCAGAUCUAUUUGUUACUCCUGACAAUAUCUUUCAAGUAACAAUGCCCAAAAAACAUCCUAUCAGGCAGGUUGACCUUGUUAAUAUAAUCAAAACACGCAAUCAUAUAUAA